AUAUAUUUUAAAAAUACAUGCAGCAGUGUGCAAUAGUUUUAGGCAGUUAAAGAAAAUUAUGUUUAAAUGAUCUUCAUGCUUUUGUAAAACUUCUAAGAUGUGUGUCAAAGUGUGUUAGUUUAACCAUUUCAAAACCUAAAACUCACCCUAAUAUUUGUAGCAAAAAUUAUAUAUAUCGGUGUAUUUCUUAAUUCGACCACUAUCACACCAUGUUUGGCCAAUCAAUACCCCAUCGGUUCAUGUAAGAAUUUUCGUUAAUUAAUUAAUUGAGAUGGUGGUAAAAAAUGAACAAAUACACGGAAUGACUGAGGUGCCCGUCAGGAGUGGUUUGGGGACCGGAGCGGUGUUCAUCAAGCCAUUCCACAAAAUUUCAGUAGCUUUUUUGAGAACAGGAGAAAUCUUUGUUUUAUUACAACAUUACAAUUCAAUACAAGACAUUACAGUGCAUGGCGAUCACAGCGAACUAUUCAUAUGGUUGGCACCAGCCCACACCGCUGCGCUGUCCUACGGUCACUUCAGUGCUACAAUUCAUUCAAUGUCCAGAAAAAUAGGUAUAAUCAUUUUCUUUGACUGCCUAAAAAAUCUUUUGUAUUAUAAAUUGUCUGAGCAAAACCACAGAAUAGGAAUAUAUUUACAUGGGAAUAAACCAAAGUGGUUUAUGCGUAUACGGUAAUUCCCUUGAUCACAUUCCAUAUAUUACGGCAAACUAUUACACCCCAAACUCAUAUUCGACGAUUCUUUUAAUCGUAUCAACGUAACCAUUUAUCUGGCGUUUUGCCUCGACCAGACCGAUUAUUUGUGAAUUGUUUGUACAGUAAUAUAUGGGUUAUUCUCCAUUUGGAGUAGGAAACAACGCCACAUAGGCUGCAGGGUUUUUAAAACACACUUAAAAUAUUAGUCACAGCUGCGGAUGUCAAUUCACACAGUGUGUUUUAAUAAUAUAUUUACCUCAUGAUUUGUUUGAUUUUUCUGUUUUUCCUUUCUCAGGUCACCUUGCCCCCAUAGGUCAGUCAUUAAAAAAUAUUUCAUUUUACUCAGAAUGCCACUGCACCAUAUCCAUGACACCAGUAACUAAUGCUAAUUUCAUGAAUGAUUAGAACAAUUAAAAAGCUAAUUAAUAUGGGGAUUAGAUCUUUGUUAAUAUUUUCUCAGUUAAUAUUGCCCUUUUUUAUCAAAUAAAAUAAAAACCAUUUGUGUUAUAGUAUAGUUAAGUUUUUUUUAUUAAAUAUUUAAUUAUUAAUAGUAUCUUAUUAUAUCUUGUAUCUUAUAAUUGUCAUUAAAGACAGACACAGAUACUGACAAUGAUAAUAGAAAAAAAAUAUGAUCAACUUAAUGUCUUAUAAUGUGAUAACACCAGUGAAAAGUUUUGCAAACCACAUUAAAGUAUAUUAAAAUAUAUUUGGAAGUAAGUUGGGGUGGCAUGGUGGUGCAGUGGUUAACACUGUUGCCUCACACCUCUGGGAUCUGGGUUCGAGUCUUGCCUGGGUUACAUGUGUGGAGUUUGCAUGUUCUCCCCAUGUCGUCAUGGGGUUUCCUCCAGGUACUCUGGUUUCCCCCCACAGUCCAAAAACAUGCUGAGGCUAAUUGGAGUUGCUAAACUGCCCAUAGGUGUGAAUGGUGUGUGAGUGUGCCCUGUGAUGGGCUGGCCCCCCAUUCUGAGUUGUUCCCUGCCUCGUGCCCAUUGCUUCCAGGAUAGGCUCCAGACCCCCCACGACCCAGUAGGAUAAGCGGUUUGGAAAAUGGAUGGAUGGAUGGAUUUUGAAUGCAUAACAUUUUGAAUGUAUAGGACAUGUUAACAGACAGGCAAAGUUUUCAGGGAAUGAAACCAUUAGUACCGAAUGACAUGAAGAUAAGACAGAACCUGCUGAAUAGCAGCAAAGUGUUUAUCAAAGAAUCUCUGAAAUUCAUUAAAUCAGUGAUGACAAAGACAAAUCUCAGCCAAGAGAGGGGAAGACGCUACAUUAAAGAGAUUCUACACAGCAUCUUCUUCAUCGGCUAUAUUAACAAACCACCCAUUAAUCCAAGAGAUAUUCUAGAAACAGACCUUCACUCAAAACUGUUUGAGAAGUUUCCAGAUGUGUUCCAAUUGUAUGAAACCCAGUUGCCCCGUAGACCUCCUUUCUCAGUACUGUUGGAAGUGGUUGUUGAAACAACGGGGGACCGAAGUGUUACUGCCAUUCUGGAAGUGCUGCAGAAACUAAAUGAUGACAUGAUCAUUCGCAGAAGUGAGGGUAAUUUCUGUGGAAAUGACUUUUGUUUUGGGGCGACUGUCGUGAGCUGCUCCUAUUUUCAGAGGGGUGGUCAGAAAACCCAGAACUACUUUGGCGCUUCCGUGAGCUGCAAAGGGAGGAAGGCAACGAGAAUUUUCAUUUGUCUGGCCUGCAUUGAGACAUGGAAUGACAACGUGACCCAUGCUGUGUGUUUGGCUGCCGAGCAUCAUAGGUCAAUCAGGCUGCCAGAUGCAGUGUACUCUAUGGCUUAUCAAGUGUGCCGUGUAAGGGAGGGAGAGAAUUACAGUCACAUGUACACACCACUGCUGCCAUGUUCAUUGUGCCAAAACAUAUUUCAAAAUGUUACAUUUUCACCACCAGCCACAGCAGGCCAAGAUAAGGCAUCCUGGAAUUAUGGCAAUUGUGCUGAAUGUGAGGCUAUCAGUAAUCUUCUAAAUGGAGAGAUCACUGUUAAUGAGGAAGCACAGCAGCUGAAUGCCAGAUUAAUGCCUAGUCUAAGGACAUUGCGUGGACACCGAAAACAAAGACUGAGAGACCAUCUGAACGAACACAAUUUCAAUGUAAUCCCAGUGACCACAUUUUAUAAUCCAUAAUAGCACAACUGUGAUACACUGUAACUCCCUAAUCUCGUAUCAAGUCACUGAUGGUUUUCAAAUAAUUAUCUUACUGCAUUUUGAUUUCAAGUGCUUUUUUUUUUCUUUUCUAUAAACCAACUACAUACAAAAAAAGUCAAGUAAUAAAAUGCAGUUACUUUCUUAAUGGGAGACAAACAUCAGGACCAGUGAUGUACACCUUCCAGCAUGUGCAAAUUGUAAACUCAAAUUUCAACUUAUGUAUAUUCAAACAAAGCAAGUUUAAUACUGCUUUAGGUGUUUUAAUCAGGUUCAAUGAUGUUUCUGUGUUUGACGCUAAGGAGUUUCAUCCCUGGUGAUCUUUCUGUGGGAAAAAUAUCAAAAGGACAGUGUUUGUCAGAUUGUCCCAUAAAGCAUUAGCCUUGCAUGCAAAAAUGGAUUUUUCCCAUUGAACAAUAAACCAAAGGAACUCUGGUCCAACUGGGGUUUUAAUGAGAAACAUCAUGGUUCGGUUGUCUGAUAUUAAUGUGGUCCAAGUAGCCAGUGACAAAUUGAACCUUGUUGCCAUAGAUACAGUAUGACAUAAUCAAUACAGUCCUUACUUAAGCUAUUAGUGAAAUCCAGUUUUAUGCCCUUUAUUAGAAACCACAGCUGCUUUUCCUAUUAGCACUUAUUAAGAAUAAGGUACCUUAAAUGGCCUGUAACACCUGUUCCCUGUCCAAGCAUCCACACUCUGCCUCACCUGAAUAUAAGAUUUUUCCUUGACUUUUGUCUAAUUGAACUUGGCUUGUGUUUUGACUCUGCCAUUUGUAUUACGUUUGUAUUACACUCACCUCGUAGACUGUGGGCCGUGCCGAGGUAUAUAUCAUAUUUCGCAAAUGCUUGUUUAUCACUCUAAUUUUUUUAUGACUUUCUCAAUCAAUUUGUUCUCAAUGAUGUCAUGUCUUUGUUUUCUAUUUCUGCUUUGAUUAGUGCUUUUUAAAAAUAUACGUUUCAAAGAGCCCAAUUCUGUCUAUGCAGUUUUAAUAAACUGAACUAUUUAUUCAGUUAA